GAAGCCUUGCAAUGCACAUGAAAUUUCACAUUGAAAAGAAACCUUCAAUAUGCCCUCAGUGUGGAAAGAGUUUUACACGGAAACAAUAUCUUAAUGUCCAUAUGACAGUUCACACCGGAGAAAAACCUUACACUUGCAAACUGUGUGGGAAGAGUUUCAGACAGAAAAGUACACUUGACGCCCACAUAAAACGCCACACUGGAGAGAGACCUUGCACCUGCAAACUGUGUGGGAAGAGUUUCUCGAAAGAGUAUUUUAAGAUUCACAUGAAAAUUCACACUGAAAAGAAACCAUUAAUAUGCUUUCAGUGUGGAAAGAGUUUUACAGAAAAAAAACUAUUUAAAGAUCACAUGAGAAUUCAGGGAGAGAGACCUUUUACCUGCAAACUGUGUGGGAAGAGUUUCUCACGUAAAGACAGCCUUAAGGUUCACUCGAGGAUUCACACGGGAGAGAAGCCUUUUACAUGUGUUCAGUGUGGAAAGGGUUUUACACAGAAAAGCAUACUUACUUGCCACAUUAGACUCCACACUGGAGAGAAGCCUUUCACCUGCCCUCAAUGUGGAAAGAGUUUUAGGAUUAAAAGAAACCUACAGGAUCACAUAAGAAGCCACACCGGGGAGAAUCCGUUCACAUGCGAUCAGUGUGGAAGGACUUUCAGAUAUAAAGAAAACCUUAAUUAUCACAUCAGUACUCACUCAAGAGAAAUCAGGUUUAAAUGUCAUCAAUGUGAAAGAAGUUUCACAGACACGAAUCACCUCCAGGAACAUGUUAAAAUUCACAUCGGAGAAAAGCCUUUCAUGUGCCAUCACUGUGGGAAGAGUUGCUCAAAAAGAGAUCACCUCAGAGAUCACGUGAGAAGUCACACUGGAGAGAAGCCUUUCACCUGUGAUCAGUGUGGAAAGAGUUUCAGUGCUAAACGGACCCUAAAGACUCACGUAUGGAUUCACACCGGAGAGAGACCUUACAGGUGUCCUCGGUGUGAGAAGACUUUCAGAAGCCAAAGCAGCAUGAAACGUCAUUCGCAAACUCAUUCUGGAAAGAAAGAGUGA